AUUUAAAAAAUAUAUUAAAUUUGGAGAACCCCAUUAGAGAUUAGAGAUUAAGAAAUCCCUAGUUAUCCGGAGUUCAUAUUUGUGCUGUCAAGCUCGCGAUUCAGGGAGCAUUUUGAGCGAGAGAGAGCGAGACACAGCGUCGAGACUGACUGAGGGAGACGAAGGUUCUCUGCCGGAGACCAGAGAGGGAGAGAGAAUGAACCACAGCCAGCAAGCGGGCGAGGGGAGACACGAUGACGAUACCGCCCUCUCGGAUUUUCUCACUUCGCUGAUGGACUAUACUCCUACGAUUCCCGAUGAAUUGGUCGAACAUUACCUUGCCAAAAGCGGGUUCCAGUGUCCCGACGUUCGAUUAAUUAGGCUGGUAGCUGUGGCUACGCAGAAGUUUAUUGCAGAGGUUGCCAACGAUGCCCUUCAGCAAUGCAAGGCAAGGCAGUCUGCAGUAAUUAAGGACAAAAGAGAGAAGCAGCAAAAGGAUAAGCGUCUUAUCUUAACCAUGGAGGAUCUUACCAAGGCACUGCAUGAGUAUGGAGUGAAUGUGAAACACCAGGAGUACUUUGCUGAUAGUCCUUCGAUUGGGAUGGAUCAUGCUUCAAGGGAUGAAUGAAGAGGAGUCUAAUCUGUAAGAGAGAGCCUUCACAGUAGAUAUAUGCUCGAGAUCAUUUAUAAUUUAUGUGGUUAUGAAAAUAUUACUACCACUAUUCCUUGAGGCUACACUUCUGCUGUCUUUUAACUGUGGAGCUUCUUAAUCCGUGUUACUUAUUGUGUACAUUUAUGCCAUGUUGUAAAAAAAAAAUAUGGGUCUUUGUUGCAACUUGGUAGCAGCAAAAUUCAUGUGUUCUUUCAGUUUGUUCCUUUUUGUCUUCUCGAUGGUAUUGAAUCGUAUCAAUAUAAUGAAUAAUGAUAUCUGAGAAUCA